GUUCCGGGUUUUAGGUUAGGAGGAAGCGAUUUGUUUUUUGAAAAGAUUAUUGAAAAAUGUCCAUCAAAGUGCACGCUCUGAGGGGUCUGGUGCUGGAGAGGCUCGCUGUUGCAGCAGAUGAGAUUUUUGCGCUUUUUGAACGCACCUUUGCGCAAUAUGAAGAGGAGGUUCUGCGGUCUAAAUUACUACAACAAUGUGGAGAUGUACUGUACAAAGAAGAUAUCCAGACAGUAACAGUGGGUGUUGACGUCGGCUCUGACCAAGUUAUCAAGGAGGAACCAGUCAAAAUCAAGCAGGAAGUGAACGCACCAAUCAAACGCCAGUAUCCAACACCAGCCGAGAAGGCCAGACAGGACCAGAGUGGAGAACAGUGUGAUGGAGAGGAGCCUGGCUGCAGCACGGCUUUGAGUUUGGGUCAAAGCAAACGACCUUACAGCUGUUCAGACACUGACGAUUCAGAUGAGUGGGUUGAGGAAACUGCCAACAGCAAUGGAAAAGAACCUAACGCAGGUUUUAUGAAAGAUUCUGCAGAAAAUAGUGUAAAUUGUGAUAACAGUUUAAGUAGCAACACCGUAAUGAGUAAUGAUGAAACUAGGGAUCAACUACCUAAAUGUACCCUGUGUUAUAAGACAUUUAAAAACAUGGACACUCUCGAAAAACAUCUCGAGUUCCACCCAGGACCAUUCACUUGUCAAAUCUGUACCAAAGUUUUCAGCUCCAAAUCGAAUUACAAAACGCAUUUACUCUCCCACACAGGACAGAGAGAGAAACCUCACAAAUGUCCAGUGUGUGGGCGUGGUUUCCUCCAGAGGGGCCAUGUCAAAGAGCACAUGAGAAUCCACACAGGAGAGAAACCUUACAGCUGUACAGACUGUGGCAAGAGCUUCCGACAGCAGAAUUCUCUCAUGAGGCACGUUCUAUCGAUGCACAGUGAGGACAAGCCUUACCGGUGUGCACUCUGUCAGAAGGGGUUUGUGCAGAAGCCCUAUUUCGAGGCACACAUGAGGAAGCACACAGGAGAGAAGCCGUUUGUGUGUUUAGUGUGUGGGAAACGGUACAAAGAAAAAUACUGUCUGAAGAAACACAUGAGCCUUCACUUAGAGGAAGGCGACAUCACCAGUCAAGUUGUACAAUAAGAUCAAAGGUCCUAUAUUACGCAGAAUUUACUCUUGUGAUCUUUAAGCCAUGUUACAAUUACCGUAAGUUUUCUCCUCAAAAACAUACCUGGAGUUGUGUUUUGUUUCAUUCACACAUGUUUGAAUAAGCCUUUUUUAAUCUGUCUACAUCCAGUCAUACAAAUGAUUCUAGUGAAGGUGAGCAGAGUUUAAAAACACAGUGGAGCACUUCCUGUAUCGCCACAUGACAUCACCAGGUGGAGUUUUUUCUGUUUGAGAGAAAAACUCAGCCUAAAUAUGCAGGAUUUGUGUGUUAAACAUGUGUGAAUGAAACAAACACAACUCCAAAUAUAUUUUUGAUGAGGAAAAAACAUAACAUUUUAAGUGCAUAUGACAGGUUUUCAUGUUUUUUUACUACUGACUUGGUUUGGUGGGAUAGUACCUGUGGUAAAUAUUCAUAUAUCAUGGUUUUACAUCAGUUGAGUGGCAGUUUGUGGAAAAAAGUUGAGAAGAAAAGUACCAAAAUACAGGAAGUAGUGGUGAGUUUAAAAACCUCUAUUGCCUACUUAUUAAAUUAACGCGGGAAAUUGUUUCUGCAUCUGUAAUGCAGAAACAAUUUACGCACAAGGGAGUCAUUUUUCUGACAGUUUGAACCUUCAUUCAGUUUAAGAAGAAGAAGAAUACAAAACUAGGAAAAGAGUGGGAUUUUUUUUGUAAAAUCUUAAAUAUAAUGAUGUGAACUAUGUUUUAGUGAAAUGAGUCAUCUAACCUGUCAUAUGCACUUUAAAGGUGCGCUAUGUAACAUUACUGGUAAAGGGUACGUCACCUGCUUGUUUCUGUGGAUAUUGGUUCAAAUGGAAUGUCUCACAAUAUUGCAUUAAAUGUAUCUAUCCCCACGGGAACAGGCAGGUCAGAUCUAUAGAGAAAGAUGAGUUUAAUGUCAUACACUGGAACAUUCUAGGCAAGGCAGUAAGAGCUCCAUUGAGACAAGCAGGUGAGACACCUUUAAAAAGCAUUUCUUUAGUUUAAGUUUUUAAAUAAUUUAUUUGUGGUGGCCUGUGUAGACUCAUGUUACAUUACAGAGUGCUUUCUGUCUCUACCUGAAGGGGAGAUAAUACAAAUCAUAGACCCAAUGACAAUCAAUAAAAUUAACAUUAUAAAAGCUUAAAAUGCUUAAAUGUCUUGAGUAUCCCUUAAGACUCAGGGAGUACUUGGAGUGUACAUCUAAUUAAUUUGUAUAUUGUCACUUAUGUUUUUUGCUUUAAUUAUACUUGUGUCUAAAAUUCCCCAAGCUAUUAAACAUUAAGGUAGUAAAUUUAUUUAUUAAGUAUUCAAAUACUAAUGUUCACACCCUUUUUAAAGAAACUGAUAUCUCUCUGUAUUUUUGAUACAGAUUAAUAUCACUCUGGUCCCCACUCCCUCUCUUGUCUUUCAAGUCUGGCCAAACAUGACCGUCCAAUCAGAUUAGCUUUUUUUCAGUGACGCAUGUGACAUGAAGGAGCUCAUUGGUCACUUAUCAUUUACAAAUAAAAUAAAAUUUAUCUCACCUCGGAUUAAGAUUUUUGUGCUUCACUCAUUGAUUUAGCAGAAAGCUUCAAUCUUUUUCAGUUCCCUGUGACUUUUUUUUUCCUUUAUUUUUUCCAAUACGGACGGACCAUGCGUGUCUAAUUGGCUAAUUCACCUGUCAAGUAUUGAAGAAGUGUGUAUUCCAGAUAAUUACAUUUCUAUGGGGUAUUACUUCACUUUUCACUUUUGAAGCUGAAGGUUUAUCAAGUUCUUAUUUAUUGUUUUGUGUCAUGCUUUUGUGUAAAAUUGAUGUGUGGGAGCAUGAGUAAUGUUGGCUUGUGGUUUGAUCAUUAGACAGAAUACUGCUAACGGUAAGGAGGGUUUGAGGGGUCCAGGAGAGAUUGAUAGAUUAUUCCAACAUGUAUGGAUGACAUCUAAAACCUCUGCAGAUGUGUUUUUGAUGAGGGAAUAACAUUAAAGAAAUUGCAUAAUGCCCCUUCUUU